AUGAAUGCAGAAAAAUUACAAAAAUCGGAGCCUAUGGAAAUUCCAAGCUGCGUGCGAAACUAUACCAAUGAGUAUAGAAUCCAGCAAAGAACCCUAGGUCCACAAAUAGCACAAAAAAAACAAAACAACGAGGCGGAUUCGUUUUCACAGAAUCUAAGGCCUGUUUUCACUGGGCCUAUCUUGUAUCACUUAUCAAGCAUGUUAAAACAAAGCAUUUCAAGGCUAAAAAAUAAGUUGCCAUCCAUUGGAGCUUUGUUAUCACAUAGCAGAUCGGUGGCAACAACAUCUUUUCUUUGUUCUUCUUCAUCCCCAAUUGAUGCAAAUGAUCCAGAAGAUAAUGCUAGUUUCUUUGAGAUGGUUGAGUUGUACUUUGAUAGAGCUUCUAAUCUUCUUGAACCUGCCCUUAUUAAACAAUCUCUUAGCUCAGCCAUGCCUGGAUCCAGUAAUGAAGAUAAAGUAAAGAAAGUUAAAGGGAUAUUGGGUAUUAUUAAACCUUGUAAUAGAGUUAUUGCGAUUACUUUUCCAAUCAAAAGAGACAAUGGGGAGUUUGAAAUUAUAGAAGCUUGGAGAGCACAACAUAGUGAUCACAAGACUCCAACUAAAGGAGGCUAG